AUGAGUGCGUUGCCCCCAGACUUGGAUCCCACAAAGCAGCCGCAAAGGGUUUUCAAAGCUCAGCUGAUUGUGUGUACGACUUUUGGCUUUCUGGCGUUUUUCACGUUCUGUGUGCUGCGUUAUAGGUGGCCUCAUAUCUAUGCUGUUCGUGUCUUGAGAAAGAAAGAUAUAAGGAAUUUGCCCAAAACGUUAUUUGGUUGGUGUCUUGCAUUGUACAAGAUCACAGAUGAAGAAGUUUUAGAGCAUGGGGGGCUAGAUGCUUAUGUGUUUUUAGGAUUCUUCAGAAUGGCUAUCAAAUAUUUUGCCCUUUGUUCUUUAAUUUCAUUCUUUAUAAUAGGUCCUAUUAGGUAUUAUUAUACUGGUCAUUUCGAUAGUGAUGGCAUAUCAUGGGACUCUGUGGUAUCUGAUACAAUCAAUAUGGCUUUUGAUGAUAAGCAUCCAUUGGAUCCUAAACAAUAUAAAGCUGCUUGGGUUUAUACCGUAUUCACAUAUGUUUUCACUUGGUUGGCUUUUUAUUUCCUUUGGCAACAGACUGAAAAAGUUGUUAAAGUUAGACAAAAAUAUCUUGGUCAACAAAAUUCAGUUACUGAUAGAACUAUUUUAUUAGAAGGAUUACCAACUGAAUUGAAUCCAAAUGAUUAUUCAAGUUCAACUGAUCUUGUUUCACAAGAUACUCAAAAAUUUGAUGAAGAAAGUUUAAAAACUUAUAUUGAAGAUUUAGGUAUUGGUAAAGUUCGUGAGAUUUAUAUUUCAUAUAAUUGGGAUAAUCUUAGAGAGCUAUUCAAGAAAAGAAAACAAAUUUUAAGAAAUUUGGAAGUUUCUUAUGCAAAAUAUUGCCCUUUGAAAGUUGAAGUUUAUACAUAUGGUAAUUUAGAACCUUCAGUGUCACCUGUUAAGAACUUACCACAUACAGAAGCACAACCUCUUGUAGAGGAUAGACCAAGACCACAAUUACGUCUAGGAUUUGCAGGUAUAUUUGGUGAAAAAGUUGAUGCAAUUGAAUAUUUUUCUGAUCAAUUAGUGGAAAUCGAUAAACAAAUUCAAUUUGAACGUGAAAAAAAUAAUUUCAAACAAGCAAGAUCUGCUUUUGUUACUAUGGAUUCUGUUGCUUCUGCUCAAAUGGCUGCUCAAGCUGUCUUAGAUCCACAUGUUCAUAGAUUAAUUGCAAGAUUAGCACCUGCACCUCAUGAUGUUUGUUGGGAUAAUAUCUCAAUUUCUAAAAGUACAAAAUUCUUUAAAGCAAAUCUUAUAACUAUAAUUAUUGGUAUUUCAACAGUUGGUUUAAUUUUCCCAGUUGUUUCAUUAUCCACAUUGAUUAAUUUGAAAACAAUUGAGAAAUUUUGGCCUGCUUUAGGUGAAUUAAUCUCAAAAUCUGAACUUGCAAUUUUGAUUAUUGGGUUAAUUCCACCAUAUAUCUAUACUUUAUUGAAUGUCACAAUUCCUUAUUUUUAUUCAUUUUUAUCAACUCAACAAGGUUAUUUAUCAAAUGGUGAAGUGGAAUUAUCAACAUUAUCAAAGAACUUUUUUUAUAUUUUUUUUAACUUGUUCUUGGUCUUCACUUUAGCUGGUACUGCAUCAAAUGUUUGGGCUUUAUUAGGUGAUACUACCAAGAUUGCAUUUGAAUUAGCAAACUCAUUGAAGACUUUAUCACUGUUCUAUGUUGAUUUAAUCUUAUUACAAGGUUUGGGUCUAUUCCCUUUCAAAUUACUACAAAUCGGUGAUGUUGGAUUAGAAAUUAUUUCCAAAUUAUUUUAUGCUAAAACGGCAAGAGAUUAUAGAACAUUAUAUUAUACACCACCGGUUUUUGAUUUUGGUAUUAUUUUACCACAACAUAUUUUGAUUUUAAUUAUAACAAUGAUUUAUUCAGUUACAUCAACUAAAAUUGUUACAGCUGGUCUAGUUUAUUAUGUUUUAGGUUAUUAUACCUACAAAUAUCAAUUAUUAUAUACCAUGGUUCAUCCUCAACAUUCUACAGGUCAAGCUUGGCCAAUGAUUUUCAGAAGAAUUUGUCUUGGUUUAGUUUUAUUUCAAAUUACAAUGGCUGGUACAUUAGCAUUAGAACAUGCAUUUUUAUUAUCAAUUUUAAUUGUUCCAUUAAUCAUCAUGACAUUAUUUGUUGCUUAUACAUUUGAAAAAGAUUAUUUACCAUUAUCAUUUUUCAUUGCCUUAAAAGCUAUCAAAAAGCCUAAUUCACAAACUAUUGAUGAAAUUCAUGCAACAUCAUCAGGUUGGCAACAAACAAAUUCUUCAACUCCAUUACUUGAAGCUGAAUCACAACAACAAAAGCAAACCCGUUUAAAGAAAAGAAGAAGUACCAUUGAUGAAACUCGUGAAGAAACCCAAACUUAUAGAUGUCCAUACUUGACUGAUCCAUUAGAUGGUCCAAUAAUUGGAUUUGAUGGUGAUUAUAUUCAACAAAUUCAAUAUGAACCAACAAGUAUGCAUGAACGUGUGAUUCGUAAAUAUCAUUCAGUUUCAGAAUGGGAAUAA